AUGGGCGAUAAUAACCACGCUCCCCCUCCGCUUCCAAUCGCGUAUCUCGGAGCCCAGACUGGCGUGUACGCGCUCGGAAUCGCGCUGACUGUGCUCCGGAUGUGGAUACGGAGGGGGCGGUACUGGGUGGAAGACGUGCUCGCGCUGCUCGGGACGCUGUUUUCGCACUUAUGCUUGGCGCUGACACUGGGGCCCGGUGGCGCGGACUGGACAGCUCAAGCUGAUCGCAUCUUUUUCUGGCUCGAUCUCAUGGUCUUCGUGAUGGAAGUCUGGUCCACCCGCGCAAGCAUCCUCGUCUCCGUCCUGCGCGUCACAACCAACGCGUGCUUCCGCAAACUCAUUCUCGCGAGCCUCGCGCUCUUUGUUGUCUUCUGGGCCGUCAGCUUCGGGGGCAAAAUGUGGCUUUGCACCGACGCAAUAAGCGCAAUAAUCCUCGUGGGCCUUCCUCUGGCGAUGUUAUGGAACGUCCAGCUCGCCUGCCUGCCUCGCAUCCUCAUCCUCUCCAUUUUCGCCACGGGCGUACUCAAUGCUGCGUGCGCCCUCGACCUCAUCGCAUGCAACCUUCUCGUGACCGUCACGUUCCUAUUCCGCGUCCUGCUCUCAGACAAGAGCUCGUAUUAUGACGACACCACGACACCGCCUAAACCAAUCUUGACUGAGAGAGUGGGUGGGAGUGCAUUCACGACCGUCGACCUUGAUUCAGUGCACUUUGUAGAGACACAGGAGGACUAUGGACGCUCUCAGUCGACGAUAGCGUGGAACGAUGCUGCUUGGGGUGGCUUGUCGGACUACAUAUCGUUAAGGAAGCACGCGGUUCGGCUUAACCAGAGUUGGAAGCCGGAUAAACUGCUCACAUAUCUUUUCAAGAGACGGCGCAGCGCCCAAAAACUCAACAGCAGCCGGAACGUGCCACUCGUUUACUACGCCCGUCUGGCCCUUGUACUUCAGCAACGCGAGCUACUUGAACGCCACUCACCACUUACUCACAGCAGCUCCCUGCAGAUGUUCUCAUCAAGGUCUGCAUCGGUCUGGACGUCCUUGAUGUUCUACGCCUUCGUCAGAUCUUCGCGUCUUCCUCGCCUUCCCGGGCCGCUCACUACUCAGACGCAGCAAAUGCUGGAGUGCAUCCUCGCUCAAGCCACGCGAGUCCGCCAUAAUAUCCUGGUGCGGAAAACACCUGUACAAUCGUAUGCCUUUCCGCAAAGCCCUAUGGUGACAAGUGUGCUCUUGGCGGGAAGAUGGGUCUUCUCCCAAUCCUUGGACUUGUACAUGGUGAUGUGUCGUGACAUCAAGGCAUCUGAUGCCAAACCAGCAGUCAUCCUUAAGGCUGCUUCAGGUCGUAUAGGAGCGAUGAGAGGUGUUGAUGUAAUCGAUCGCGAAGGACGCCGACAUGUCUUUUUGGUUCUGGAAAGAUCCAGCGUUAGGACGGCCGGCGAUCUUCAGGGAUCACAGCGAUGGGAUUUACGACUGCUCAUAUUGAAACUGAACUAUGAAGAUGAUUCUAAAAUUCACCUAGAGCCAGUCUAUCAACGACAGCACACGUUUGUAGGGCUCCAUCCCCGCCACUCCGUUGAAGUGAUCUGGGGCCCGUCGGCCUUCUUGAUCGACUGGAGCGUGACAAGUCGCGACCACAGGAAGUUUGUGGUAUAUCUUGCUCAAGAAGGAUUAAUCCAGGAAAUGGGCGACAAUGACCUCGGCGUGAAAAAUCUAGAGCUUACACAACAGCUUUACAUCAUUACGAGCACUCAUAUCUUGACUACUGGUCGUUUCGUAAUGAACCAACAACCUACGUCUGCCAUAGCCGCUCACAUCUACGCGGUACCGAUCUCCUCCGUGCUCAACAAUAGCGUCUCUAUAGCUUCUCGAGGAGUACUAGAUGUUUUCACCAACCAAAUACAAGCUAUCGUCAUGCUUCGCGACUCCGUCAUCAGUCCAGUGACAGGAGUGACCGACGUCGUUCUCCUGGCAGUCAUCAGAGAAGGACAAGCUACCCCGACGCAUCAUCUUCGCUCGCUUGUUGUUUUUCGUCUGGUCAUACCUCCUGCUAGUCCCGAAGAAAGUUCCAGGCCCAGCAUGAUAGAAAUCCACAAACAAAUCCUCUCGCAAUUUACACUCGCUCGCAACGACUCCUACAUGAUUCAGCCUUCUUCGCUGGGUUCCACAACCUUCCUUUCAGAAAAUGACAUGAAUGGUAACAUCAAAGUGCUGGAGAUUAUCUUCGAUGAGGAGGAACAGAAAGCUUGGGUGACGUGCAGUUCGGGGUUAAAUCUCCGAAAUUGCGUAAAAGACGAAAACGCACGAGAUUUCAGGCUGGAGUGCGGAAAGAACGAGCCCGAAUUCGGUAGACUUAGCUUUAGCUACGGGGUCUCUGGCGAUGGUCGUAGCCAGGGAUACAGGCCUCACAACCUUGGCCACGUCUCGCGCGACGAUGCCAAACAGUCUGACGACAAUUAG